AUGCCAAAAUCAAGUGCUGCCAAAAAGAGGAAAGUAUUCACUCUUGAAGAUAAGAAGAGCAUUAUUGAGAGACUGCAGAAUGGUGAAAGGCAGAUUGACUUGGCCAGUGAAUUUGGCAUAGCCAAGAGCACCAUAGGCACAAUGUGGCAAACCAGGGACAAGCUGCUAGCAGCAUGUGAGACUUCUGCAAAGGGUUCAAGAAGGAUCAGCAGCAAGAAACAAAGGCACCAAGUUAUGGAUGAACUUGAGAAGCUGCUCCUCAUUUGGAUUGAGGACAUGCAGAUGAAAGGGGAACCCAUGCCUGGUGAGCACAUCUGCAGAAAGGCCAAGAAGAUCUUUGAAGACCUUGUGCAAGAGUACCCUGAAGGGGAGUCUGUUGAUGAUGAAGAGGAAGAAGAUGACCACAAAGAAGACAACAAAGGAUUCAAAGGUUAG